AUGAAGCUGCAGGUGUUCUGGACCGGGCUGGAAUACGCCUGCCGGCUCCUGGGCAUCGCCACUGCUGCAGUGUUGAUCGGCGUGGGCGCUGAGACCUUCAUCCAGGGACAGUUCAAAAGCCUGGCUUUCUAUCUGCUGUUCAUAGGAGCUGCCGUCUCCGUGUGCGAAGGGGCCUACUUUGUGGCUCAGCUGCUGGCCAUCUGCUUCCAGUGUCAGCCGGGGUCCCCGGCCUACAGAGCAAGGGAGAAGGCCCACUGGCUGGGCUGCUUCCAGAAGUUCCUGGCCUACGUACUGCUGUCCGUGGCUUGCUUCCUCCACCCUGUCCUGGUCUGGCACGUGACCAUCCCAGGCUCCAUGCUCAUCAUCACUGGCCUGGCCUACUUCCUGCUGAGCAAGAGGAAGAAGAACAAAGCUGCCCCAGAGGUGCUGGCCCCCACGGAGCAGUACACGGACCCCUCCAGCAGCGCCGUGAGCACCACUGGCUCUGGGGACACCGAGCAAACCUAUACCUUCCACGGGGCCCUCAAGGAGGGGCCUGGCUCCCUCUUCAUCCACAUGAAGAGCAUCCUGAAGGGGACCAAGAAGCCCAAUGCCCUCCAGCACUCAAACGCCCUGACAGAGCUGACUCUGGAGCCAGCUGACUCGCUGGCCAAGAAGAAGCAGGUGCACUUUGAAGACAGCGUGGUCAGAAUCAUCUCCCCCGAGGGCCUGGACAACGGGGACAGCGAGCCAGAGGAGACCACCUCUGACACCACCCCCAUCAUCCCUCCCCCCCAGGCCCCGCUCUUCCUCUCUUCUCUCACGGGCACCGGCCUGUUCUGA